AACAGCGCAAAAUGUCUCCUGUCAGCGAAUCUACUCAACACGUGCCGUUGAUUAUCCAUGGGCAGGAUGAACCCAGUCAGAGUGCUUUCGAGGUAAUCAGUCCAUAUACAAACAAGGCCUGUUGGACAGCUGCAUCUGCAACCCCAGCUGAGGCCAUUCGCGCGGUUGACUCUGCCGACAGAGCAUUUCCAGCAUGGUCGAACACCAAGCCAAGUGUAAGGCGAGACAUCUUACUCAAAGCUGCGGAUAUUUUAGAGUCGCGACUUGAAGAAAAUGCGGAGUUUAUGCGGGUAGAAAUGGGCUCUGACGUUGCUUCGUCAACCGGCUUUGUUGUCCCGCUGAGUAUCAAAAUACUGCGCGAUAUUGCUUCGCGGAUUACUUCCAUCUGUGGCCAUGUUCCGGUAGUCGAAACAGAAGGGCAGAGUGCAAUUGUGUACCGAGAGCCUAUGGGGGUGGUCCUGGGUAUAGCUCCUUGGAAUGCGCCAUACGUAUUUGCCAUCCGUGCUGCUGCCUGUGCUCUAGCAGGAGGAAACACCACUAUUAUAAAAUCCUCUGAGCAGACACCCCGCUGUUAUUAUGCCGUGGCACGCGCCUUUCUAGACGCUGGGCUGCCUGCUGGCUGCUUCAACCUGAUUUCAACCCGGAUUGAAGAUGCACCUGCUGUUGUCAACGCCAUGAUCGAACAUCCUGCAGUUCGUAAAGUUAACUUCACUGGUAGUACGGCAGUUGGUCGAAAAGUGGCAGCCUUUUGUGGAAAGAAUCUCAAGCCGUGUUUGAUGGAACUCGGAGGCAAAAACACCGCUAUUGUGUGUGAAGAUGCAAAUCUGAAGACGGCAGCAUUGGGUAUCUUGAUGGGCGCUUUUAUCAAUUCGGGGCAAAUCUGCAUGUCGACUGAUCGCAUUAUACUUCACUCUGCCAUUGCUAAAAACUUGAAUGAUACUUUCAAAAAGACUUUCGAGGAAUUUUCGGACCCUUCUUUACCAGCUCCGACCCUAGUAAGCAUGGCCUCCAAAAAGCGUGUAAGUGAUUUAAUAUCCGACGCUCUAUCAGCAGGGGCAGAAGUGGCCCAUGGAGCGUUCAACAACGAUAUCACGUCCGACCUGGCAAGCGUGCGCAUGGCUCCGGUAAUUCUAGGGAAUGUCAAGGAGAACAUGCGUGUUUGGAACGAAGAAUCGUUUGCUUCACUUGCAGCAUAUAUGGUAGUUGAUAAUGACGAUGAAGCCAUUCAAAUCGCUAACUCAGGCGGCUAUGGUCUGUCAGCAGCUAUUUUCACAGAAGAUCUUCGCAAAGGGCUGGCAAUGGCGAAGAAAAUACAGUCAGGUGCGGUGCACAUCAAUAGCAUGACUGUUCAUGAUGAAGCAGCCCUCCCACAUGGCGGAGUAAAGAAUAGCGGAUGGGGUCGUUUCAACACUGAUGAAGGUUUGAAGGAGUUUUUAGUGACGAAGAGCGUCACAUGGAUGGAUUGAUACGUCAGUUGAUCACCCAUCUACUGGACAGUGUUCAAAUAUUAUAAUUGUGACUUAACAAUCACUUGGGCUCGGAAUAUUAUAUGCUCAAACUUUUUCGAUGAGAUGUUAUCCCAAGCCGAAUUUAAGGACUUCGUCAGAUAGAUAUUUUCAUUAGAUGGAUAGGGUGCUUUUCUCUAGGAUAUUUAGAGACAAACAUCCCUCGUUUA